AUGUCUUGCUACAGAGAGAUGAUCAGCUCCCGCUGCCAGCCGCCCUGUGAGGUGACCUGCCCACAGCCCUACGCUGAUGCCUGCAGCCAGCCCUGUGUCACCUCCUGUGGGGACUCCCGUGCUGUUGUCUACCCCCCACCUGUGGUCAUCACCUUCCCAGGCCCCAUCCUCAGCUCCUGCCCUCAGGAGAGCAUCGUGGGCAGCUCAGCACCAGCCGGCAUUGGGAGCUCAUUUGGAUAUGGGAGUUCUCAGGGUCCCGUGGGCUCCUAUGGCUCUAGGGGCCUGUACAGAUAUGGGAGGUCCUUUUCCUCCUAUGGGUAUGGUGGUUAUGGUGCUGGGAGCUGCAGACCGUGUUAA